AUGCACUUGGCAGACUACCUUCAGAGCGCCAUGUCAGACUAUGAACUUCUCACCCAGUACACCGAGGAUGCCUAUGCCAAAGAAGAUCGAAUUUGCGAUCGUCCGUCUUGCAUGGCUAACAUUAGGACUGGAGAGCCAUGUUUUUAUGUUGCGACCAUCGAGCCAGGUCAACGUGGGCGCUAUGUGUGUGAAUCCUGCCACUUGCAUUAUGAGAAUAAACGAGCUACUUCAGUGAGACCUACAGGUAAUCGAACCUUACAAUCACAAGGCCGCGCCCCUCCUGAUCCACGUACAAUACAACAAUUGGUGAAUGCGGCACAACGAAGAUCGACACCUAAUCCGCCUCCUGUCAUUGCUGUACCUGGUGGCUUUCGUCCUAGAGGGCCAGAUAUUAGAAUCCCUACAUCAUGGCAAGGGCCGCAAGGUUCAUCAUCCAUCCGGCAUUCGUCACAACAAGGUGCCAUUGGGUAUUCGUCGCAACACGCACUUUAUGCUGCUGAGCGUGACCACUGGGGGAAAAUGGCAUACGCUUCAUCUCUAGCAGAGACCAUUUUACUUGAAAUUACUGUGGUUCACGAAGGUGCCGGAGCGCGCAAAAAACGAGGUGUUCCUAUUGGAAACAUAUGUGAGGGUAGGAAGGAUGUUGAUGCUCGAAUUGACGCAUCUGGGCUCAUCAAGCUAGCUUUGGAGACUGUCGUCCCAAAGUUACGCAAAUUCGAUGGAGAAUUUGUCUGGCGUGUUGAGGAGUUCAUAAUCCGAGAUGCUGCAUGGGUGGACCUAUCCAAUCACCCACAAUUGGUUCCCUAUUUCUAUGAUCAGUGCCUGCAGCCAUCUCGCAAAGGCACCAAAUCGACCUUCAAAUCUAAACAAUUUGCGCUGAUGGUCGUUGUCCCGGAGGCCCAGUGGAAUGAAUACGAGAAUUGGUUGGAACUUCGUGCGGAAAUGGAAGCUGAAGCUAUCCGAACGAGCUGCACUCAGUCUAGUGAACAUGCUACUGCUCACACAGCCGUCAGUUUCAAUGUGCCCUCAUCAGCAACAACUUCGCUCGCUGAAAAUGAGCUUUUCUUACCAUCCGUGACCACCAACAAUUCUGUGACGGUCUCUACCAAGAGAGCCCACCAGCGUGCUGAAAGCUCUAGCAGUCUCAGUGGUACUUCAUCUCCACCUCGAAAGAAGAAUCCACCUCCCACAGCUUUUCAUUCACCUGAUCGUGAUCUGCUCAAAGAAGUCUUGAAGAUCGGCGGAGGUGCCAACUUAAAUGUAAAGCAAGUCUUUGGACUACAUAGUGAAAGUGUGCAAUUUCACCCAAUCCCUACCCGCGAUAUCACCGACCUCUUGCUACACAAACAGCAUCAUUCAUUUUCGGUGGACACGGCUGAAUCUUCCAUUGGACAGCUGACUAUUGAUACAUCGACGGACGGCUUCAUUGGAAUUGGUGGCUUCAAGACUGCGAACGCUGGAUGGCUCAUCCUCCCAAGACUGGUCUCGGAUCAGUGGCUCGUUGGAGCUUAUAAAGUUGGCCGGUAUUCACUCGUCGACGAGCUACAGAAGCUAUUCAGAGAGGCCAACGUCCUAUACUGGUCCAAGUCUUUAUUAAAGCUCACAUACGACUUCAUCAAUCGUUCCAUUGCGUCCUCACCUGAACCCCCGCCGUUUGCUGUCCCACGUGUUCGAUUUGUAGAAGCUGGCCUUGCAUUGUGCCACCACCAAGGGGGUAGCAAGCCUGGAGCAAAGACAGGGUCAACACGGGCUGUCUUUCUCCUUGAAGAGCUCAUUGAGGGCGGUGAUGAUAUGUUUGUCAAAUUCAUCCACAAUAUGGACGCCAAUCCAUUGCUCGAUGAAUUGGACUAUGGCUACGACAUGGCCGAAUUCUUUGUUUUCACACAGCAUGUCCAGUAUGUCAAGACUGGCAAGCUCGCUUUCAUAUCCGACUAUCAGGGUAGUACAGUACUACUCACAGAUCCUCAGGUCCUGACUCAUCCGUCCGUCAGCGAUGGAUGUGAUAUUUUUGGUGAGGGAAAUAUUGAGGCAUCUGUCAGCAAAUUUGAAGACCAGCAUGCCUGCAACGAGUACUGUGGAUGGUUUGGGCUGGAAACAUUCGUGAAGGAGGCAAAUGACGAUGAAGCACUAGUUGUAGAAAAUUAG